AUGACUAUAGAUCGCUCAAUUCUGAGCGUUUUAGACAGGACGCCACUUCGGCGAGUAAUGGAUGUGCGGGAGUGUUUAGUAUCGCCGAGUGCAGGCGGGGUUAAAAAUGUAAUGCGCUCCGAGAUUACCCGGGCCAGGUUCGAGCCUCUCUCAUCAAUCACGGUCAAUCCCCUUAGCCUUGUCUAUCCCGGCAGGGAUGCGAGCCGAGCGGAGGGCUACGUGAUACACGUGCGAACGUGUUCAAUUGAGAUUGAAAAUUUAAUGAGGAUAAUUUUAUUCGCGCCGAGCUGCGAACUGCCUUACUGGAAGGCGCAGCCAACGAUCCUUGUGGGUUUCACCCACGCGACGCUGCGACAUCUAUUUUCA